AUUCUCAGGGGAUGAGUUUUUGUGCUCGUUAGGGGCUGCGGUAAGGGAUUGCGUACGGGGUUCACUGUUUUCAGCAUUAAACCAGUUGCGAGAUUAUAAUUUUUUGUCUGAGAGCGCACCCAGGAAUUUGUUUGAGUAGUUGCAACACUACCAAUCAAUGAGUAAAUAAACAGCUGAUAUACGAAAUGACGAGCUGCCAGAAAUAAGAAGCCACAAAUAACCAACAUAAACAGCUUUAUUUAACGUUAGUGGAAAAUUGUUGGGAUUUACAUAUUUUAAAGGAAUUCAUAAUUAAACAAGAGCGAAAAAUAAAAAAGGAUAAGCACGCAAAUGCCAAAAGUGAAAAAUAAGUGUGUCCAAGGAUGUGGCGGAGGACACCGAGUUUUCAACUUCCCAAUACAGGAAAAAGACGCCGCCAGACACGCAAUUUGGCGUGAUCGCUUGGGUGUAGGCGAGACGCAUGCUAAAUACUUGUACGCCUGUGAACGCCAUUUCUCCAAAAGUAUGAGGUUAUCAAAGAAGUUGUUGGCAGACGCUGUUCCAGACCAAAACAUAACAGUGACCAUCGAAUUAGGAACUGAACAUUUUACGCCACAAGCGGCAGAAGAACCCAUGGAUGCAUGUGGUGAAAGUGGCGAAUUAUGUUUGCAUGAAUCCAUCUCAGAUUUGAAUCAAAAUUUAAAUUUAGCGUUUGUUGAAGCUAGGAACCAAGACCUGAUUAGCGAAAAUUCUAAAUUAAAGUCGCUUUUAGAAGAAAAAUGCAGAUAUAUUUGUUAUCUAAAAAAUCAGUUGUCCGAAGUUUCAACAAAGCUAAAAAAUGUAGAAAAAGAACUAUCUGAUAAAGUAGACGAACUGUCUGGUUUGGGUUGAUUAAAAUUUAUUUAAGUCACGCGUUGGUACCCAAUCCUUACCAUGGUGAAGAGAUGGAGGAACGCAUUACAUUUGAAUUUUAUAUCACCCAACAGAGGGGGCAGGUUGACAGGUGUAAUAUAAUAGUGCCUUCAAAAAUACUUUUUUAUUAUGUAAAUAAGCUAGAGAUAAUUUGUAAAGCAGAAUUUGCUUCAAACUUUCAUAUAAUAGAGUAAGUUAGUUUUAUUCGAAAAAAUGACAAAUGUUAUGUUGUAGUAACUGCGUCGAAAUUAAAUUCAAUUAAAACCAAAUGAAAUACAUACAUAAAUAAAAAUC